GCUCAGCACGCUCACUUCCCCUUCCCCUGAGCACCGGGGUUCUUCGCUCCGGUGCGGGCCUUGGGACAGUCAGGUCCUCCAGCUCAUCUCGGGUGCCGAGGGCAGCUCUGAGGAGGCCCCCGCCGGUCCUCACGCGGGGCAGGGGCCUCCUGAGCCGCUUUGGGCGCGGCCAUUCUCCGCCUGGGUCCGAGCUGUCAGCCUUCGCAAGACCCGCACUGGAGGAGCCGGACUCUCCUGGCGCGGGCUCCAGCGGUGGCGGCGUCCAGCUGCCAGCUUUCCAUCAGGAUCUCUGUCUCCUCAUUUCUCCAGUCUCCUCAGACAGAAGCCCUCCGGGUAUGUAACGACCAUGCCUGUGGAUACCCUGACUCCCGGAGCCCGGGACACCCCCGCCCCACCUUUCCGUCUACGGACCAAGGUCCCCGGCUACCUGCUACGGCGGCCAGCGGAUGGUGGAGCCCGGAAACCUAGUGCUGUAGAGCGCCUGGAGGCCGACAAGGCCAAGUACGUCAAGAGCCUGCAUGUGGCCAACACCCGCCAGGAACCUGUGCAGCCCCUGCUGUCCAAACAGCCGCUCUUCAGCCCCGGGACUCGCCGCACGGUGCUCACGCCCAGCCGCCGAGUCCUGCCUGGCCCCGGCCGCCGACCCCAGCUGGACCUGGACAUCCUUAGCAGCCUCAUCAACUUGUGUGAUAGUCCCGUGUCUCCUGCCGAGGCUAGUCGUACCCCUGGACGGGCAGAGGGAACCCGCCAGGCUCCUCCAGCGACCCCCGCACGCCCACCACCCAGUACUGCUGCGGUCCGCCGAGUGGAUGUCCUUCCCCUGCCAGCCUCACCUGCCUGGCCCUGCCCAUCGCCAGGUGCUGCCGCUGCCUCCAGCCCCACCCGGCCCCCUGGUUUGCAGCGCUCUAAGUCGGACCUGAGUGAGCGCUUCUCGCGGGCAGCUGCUGACCUGGAGCGAUUUUUUAACUUCUGCGGUCUGGACCCGGAGGAAGCACGGGGCUUGGGUGUGGCCCACCUGGCGCGGGCCAGCUCAGACAUCGUGUCCCUGGCCGGGCCCAGUGCUGGGCCGGCCAGCUCGGAGGGGGGCUGCUCCCGCCGCAGCUCUGCCACAGUCGAGGAGCGGGCCCGGGAGCGUGUCCCCUAUGGCGUGUCGGUGGUAGAGCGAAAUGCCCGGGUGAUCAAGUGGCUGUACGGGCUGCGGCAAGCCUGGGAGACUCCUGCGGCUGAGGGCUAGGCCUCCACUGGACUCGGAAUUCACCACAGGGCGGAUCUUAGAGAUGCCAUUGGUCCCUUGACCUCUCCUGCAUCUAUCCAUUCCCUGGCUUGGGGCAGAUCAGAGGCUGCUGCCUUGUGUGAACUUGGUAUAGAGGCCAAGGCUCAGAGGCUGGACAAGCAUCCAUCUGGCAAGGAGAGACCUGGAGAGAGUUGCCUCUUGACCUUGGACCAUCUCCUACCCCUCACAUGUAGGGUUUUGAUGUGAAUGUACCCCUGCUUGUGGGUUUGGAUUUGGGGCAUGUAGCCCUCCCCACUGAGGGUGAGGAGCCAAGAGAUCUCACCAGAGCUGUCUACUCAGCAGCUCUGUUUCUUUCUUCCUUCCUUCCCUGGCCUCGGUCCUUUGCCGACUUCCUCUUCUUUAUCCAGUGGGCCUUGGUUCCCGGGAACUCACCCUGGGGUGGGGGCAGGGAGGAGUGGCCUGUGUACUGUUCUUCAAGGGCCUUGGCAGCCUGGCCUAUGUGGGUAGACUACAAGAGGGACUUGGAGGAGUCUGCACUGCCUUGACUUUCCUCCCUUUGGUAAAUAAACACAAAUGCUUGUUUUUCAAGG